UCAGGUGUCUCAAUACUUCUGAUCAACCUAAGCAAAUCAACUGGUUUUAGUGUGACGGUUCGAAACAAUCUAAAUAUUGAUCUUGCAGAAGUUAGUGUUCUUAAACAGACAGUUUCAUGGUAUGGAGAGAAAGUUUAUGAUGGAUCUGAGAGAAGAGAGGAAUACCACUUAAGUGGAAAGGAAGGAAACUAUCUUAGCAGGAUAAUGCUCCUUAAUGGAAAUCCUCUACAGCUUACAGAAGAUGGAGAAAUUCCAGAACUAAGUCCUGUGCUUACUGCAAUCAAUUCACCUAUAAGCAUUGCUCCUCUUUCUAUUGCAUUUGUUGUAUUUCCAAAUUUUGAAGCUAAAGCUUGUGCCUGAUGAGUGUUAGUUGCACAGAUGCAGCUAAUAAAAUGAUGUUGAUUGAGUUGAUAUGGUUUUGUUACAGUUUUUAUGGGCAGAUGUAGUUACUAAUUACUGUUGAUGAGAGAUUAAUAAAUUAAGCUUGCAGAGAAGCUUAAAGGGCU